CCAAGAGCUGGAGUCAGCAUGGCGGCCGGCGUGGCAGCCUGGCUGCCUUUUGCGCGGGCGGCGGCCAUCGGGUGGAUGCCGGUGGCCAACUGCCCCAUGCCCCUCGCCCCUGCCGACAAGAACAAGCGGCAGGAUGAACUGAUCGUCCUCAACGUGAGCGGCCGGAGGUUCCAGACCUGGCGGACCACGCUGGAGCGCUACCCGGACACGCUGCUGGGCAGCACAGAGAAGGAGUUCUUCUUCAACGAGGACACCAAGGAGUACUUCUUCGACCGGGACCCCGAAGUGUUCCGGUGUGUCCUCAACUUCUACCGCACGGGCAAGCUGCACUACCCGCGCUACGAGUGCAUCUCGGCCUACGACGACGAGCUGGCCUUCUACGGCAUCCUGCCGGAGAUCAUCGGGGACUGCUGCUACGAGGAGUACAAGGACCGCAAGCGGGAGAAUGCCGAGCGGCUCAUGGACGACAACGACUCGGAGAACAACCAGGAGUCCAUGCCCUCGCUCAGCUUCCGCCAGACCAUGUGGCGGGCCUUCGAGAACCCGCACACCAGCACGCUGGCCUUGGUCUUCUACUACGUGACUGGCUUCUUCAUCGCCGUGUCGGUCAUCACCAACGUGGUGGAGACGGUGCCGUGUGGCACGGUGCCUGGGAGCAAGGAGCUGCCGUGCGGGGAGCGCUACUCGGUGGCCUUCUUCUGCCUGGACACGGCCUGCGUCAUGAUCUUCACCGUGGAGUACCUCCUCCGGCUCUUUGCGGCGCCCAGCCGCUACCGCUUCAUCCGCAGUGUGAUGAGCAUCAUCGACGUGGUGGCCAUCAUGCCCUACUACAUCGGCCUGGUCAUGACCAACAACGAGGACGUGUCCGGCGCCUUCGUCACGCUCCGGGUCUUCCGCGUCUUCCGGAUCUUCAAGUUCUCACGCCACUCCCAGGGCUUGAGGAUCCUGGGCUACACACUCAAGAGCUGUGCCUCUGAACUCGGCUUUCUCCUCUUCUCCCUCACCAUGGCCAUCAUCAUCUUUGCCACUGUGAUGUUUUAUGCCGAGAAGGGCUCCUCUGCCAGCAAGUUCACGAGCAUCCCUGCCUCUUUUUGGUACACCAUUGUCACCAUGACCACCCUAGGAUAUGGAGAUAUGGUGCCCAAGACAAUUGCAGGGAAGAUUUUUGGCUCCAUCUGCUCCCUGAGUGGUGUCCUGGUCAUUGCCCUGCCGGUCCCUGUGAUCGUUUCCAACUUCAGCCGGAUUUACCACCAGAAUCAGAGAGCCGAUAAACGCAGGGCACAAAAGAAGGCCCGCCUUGCCAGGAUCCGUGUGGCCAAGACAGGCAGCUCCAACGCCUACCUGCACAGCAAGCGCAACGGACUCCUCACGGAGGCCAUGGAGCUGAUGGGCACCCCAGAGGAGGGGCACGUGGGCAAGAGCACGUCACUCGCCGAGAGCCAGCACCACCACCUGCUGCACUGUCUAGAGAAAACCACUGGGUUGUCCUAUCUUGUGGAUGAUCCCCUGUUAUCUGUACGAACCUCCACCAUCAAGAACCACGAGUUCAUAGAUGAGCAGAUGUUUGAGCAGAACUGCAUGGAGAGCUCGAUGCAGAACUACCCGUCCACAAGAAGUCCCUCACUGUCUAGUCACCCGGGCCUCACUACCACCUGCUGCUCCCGUCGUAGUAAGAAGACCACGCACCUGCCCAACUCCAACCUGCCAGCCACUCGCCUGCGCAGCAUGCAAGAGCUCAGCACGAUCCACAUCCAGGGCAGUGAGCAGCCCUCCCUCACUACCAGUCGCUCCAGCCUUAAUUUGAAAGCAGACGACGGACUGAGACCAAACUGCAAAACAUCCCAGAUCACCACAGCCAUCAUCAGCAUCCCCACCCCCCCAGCGCGAACCCCAGAGGGGGAAAGUCGGCCACCCCCUGCCAGCCCCGGCCCCAACACGAACAUUCCUUCCGUAGCCAGCAAUGUCGUCAAGGUCUCCGCCUUGUAAAACCACUGGACAGAGGGCCCGUGCAGGGAGUGGGAGUGAAGGGGGCUGGCGUGUGGGUGG